UAUCGAAUUCAAUUAUUUCGAUUGUAGACGACUUCAAUUGGUUUACUUGCAACACGUGUUUAUAAAAAAGUAAUUUCCUUCUGCUAUUGUUUACAAUUAGAUUAUUGUAAUUUUUUUAAAUAAUGCACAAUGUCUCGUUUAAUUGUAAAAAAUUUACCGAAAUCUAUUACGGAAGAUAAAUUAAAAGAACAUUUUAGUAAAAAGGGAAAAAUUACUGAUGUUCAGCUUAAAUAUACAAAAGAGGGAAUAUUUCGUAGAUUUUGCUUUAUUGGAUACAAAACUGAAGAAGAGGCACAAAAUGCUGUUGACUAUUUUAAUCAAACUUAUAUUGACACAUCAAAAAUAUCCGUUGAAUUAUGUGCCAAACUAGGCGAUUCUUCGAAACCAAAAUCUUGGAGUAAAUAUGCAAUAGAUAGUUCAGCUCACGAGAAUCUUACGGGUAAAACUGUUAAAGCAGAUGAAGAAAUUCCAGUUAAAAAGGAAAAGAAGAAGAAAAAAGAAAAAAACAAAGAACUUAAAGAAAUAAUUGAAAAGCAUAAAGACGAUCCUUUAUUUAACGAAUUUUUGGAAAGUCAUUCUGGUAAAACAGCUAAACAAGUGUGGAGUAAUGAAGCACAAAAAUUACUCGAUGAAGAAAAUAAAAGUGAUGAGAGUGAUAGUGAAACUGAAGAAAUUAAUUCAAAAAAAGUUGAGGAAAAAGAGACCGAGAAAAAACUUGAUUUCGAGGUUUUUGGAGCACUGAAAAAGGCAAAGGAACCGAAGAAAGAACUUGUUAAAUUUUUUACAGUUAAAUUACGCGGUUUAGGCUGUAAUCAUAAAAAGAAGGAUUUGAAGCAAUUUUUCAAACCAUUGAAACCAAAAUCAAUACGAGUGCCUCAAAAAAUAAAAGGUAUCGCUUAUGUUGGUUUUAAAACUGAGAAACAUAUGAAGCAGGCGUUGAGCAAGCACAAAAGCUUUUUAGAUGGAAAACAAAUAUUCAUAGUUAAAUACGAACAGAAAGAGAAUCAGAGAGAGAAUGAAAAUAAAAGUGUGGAUAUGAAAUGGAAAAAGCAGAGUGACGCUCUUGCUAAUGAAGAAACAAUAGCAGAAUCCGGAAGAAUGUUUCUGAGAAAUUUAUCUUAUACAACAACUGAAGACGAUGUCACUAAACUAUUUGAAAAAUAUGGUCCACUAACUGAGGUAAAUUUACCAGUGGAUAGAAUAAGUAGAAAAUCCAAAGGAUUUGGAACUGUAACUUUCAUGAUGCCAGAACACGCAGUAAAAGCGUAUACAGAAUUAGAUGGUUCAAUUUUAAAUGGUAGAAUGUUACAUAUCUUACCUGGAAAAGCAAAAGAAUCGCCUGAAGAUUUACUUCAAAAUGAAAAUCUAAGCUACAAAGAUAAAAAAGCUUUAAAAGAAAAAGCUACUGCUGGUUCAUCUCACAAUUGGAAUACUCUUUUCUUGGGAACUGACGCUGUUGCUGAAGCAAUGGCUGCAACUUACAAUACAACGAAAGAAAAAAUUCUCGAAGAUGAAUCGAAAGGAAUAAGUACAGCAGUUCGACUAGCUUUAGGAGAAACACAAAUCGUCGAGAGGACAAAAAAAUUUUUAGAAGAAAAUGACGUUUGUAUAGAUGCAUUUAAUCAGCCCCCGAAGAAGAGAUCAAAGACUGUGAUACUUGUAAAGAAUUUACCUGCAAAAACACAACAAAAUGAAAUUUUAGAAAUGUUCUCAAAACACGGUGAAGUUGGACGUGUUAUUUUACCACCUGCAGGAAUCACGGCGAUAGUCGAAUUUUUUGAACCAUCGGAAGCACGAAUAGCAUUUACAAGAUUGGCAUACACAAAAUUUAAAAGUUUACCCCUUUAUCUGGAAUGGGCGCCUGACAAUAGUUUUGCUAAUGAUCUCCAGAAAAAAGAAUCAUCUUCUUCAAAGAAAAUACAGGAAAAUAAAUCUAAUGAAAAUGAAAAGAAAACAGUAAAAAACGAAACCGAAAUUAAGGAAGAAGUGAAGAAAACAGAUGAUGAUGACGAUGACGAUGAUGAAGAUGAACCAGAGCCCGAUACUACGUUGUUUGUUAAAAAUUUGAAUUUUUCGACGACUGACGAAGAUAUGAAAAACCACUUUAAACGUUGUGGUUUACUUCACUAUGCAACGGUUGCCACCAAGAAAGAUCCGAAAAAUCCCAGUACAAAAUUAUCGAUGGGUUAUGGUUUUGUCAGAUAUAAAUAUAAAAUUCAUGCUGAACGAGCUUUGAAAGAAUUGCAGAUGACUGAUUUAAAUGGAAAGACAAUCGAAUUAAAAAGAUCCGAAAGAACAUUACAGUCAGAUUUGCAGGUAGCGAAAAAAAGUGCAAAAAUCACUCAACAAACUGGAACUAAAAUUUUAGUGAGAAAUAUUCCCUUUCAAGCCAAUGCUAAUGAAAUUACACAAUUGUUCAAAGUAUUUGGCGAUUUGAAAGCUGUGAGAUUGCCAAAAAAAUUAGUUGGAAAUGAAAAACAUCGUGGAUUUGCUUUCGUUGAAUAUUCCACAAAGAAAGAUGCUAAAGUGGCAUUUAAAGCUUUAUGUCAAAGUACACAUUUGUAUGGACGACGUUUAGUUCUUGAAUGGGCACAAAAAGAAGAAGCGAUCGACGAUAUUCGUAAACGAACCGCAAGACAUUUCCACGAAGAUCAAUCUAAUAAACGAUCAAAGAAAGGUGUGGUAGAUGUUGAAGCUAUGGGUCUAGAGGAAAAAAUUGAAGAAGAUUGAAUUUUUGUUAAAUAGUUUUAAAAUAUGCGAUAAAGAAAGUCAUAGAACGAAUCAAAAAGAGGUACUGAAAAAAUUUGCUAUCUAAUGAAUAAAAAUAGUUUAUUUAAGUAUCUCGUAACAAUUGUAUGUAUAAGAAUUUAUUGAGAUUUUUUUUACAUUAAGAUUAUUCGGUUGAUCAGAGGAAAAAAAAAUGUCAAUAUUAAUAAUUGUUUUUUUUUUUUUUUUUUAAUUGUAAAUAUUAAAGAUAUUCAUAAUAUGAAUGGCAGACAUUUACGUAAAAGAGCAAUUAUUUAUUGGCCCUUGAGAAGAAAUCGGUAACAUUCAAGGUCGGAUAUAAAGAUUAUUAUUAUUAUUUAUAUAAAGAUACGAAGAAUAUAGAUUGAAAUUGGACAAAAUCUA